UGUGAUGAUUUUUGGCGCAAAACUAACAAAACGAUUGUUUGAGUGAUAAAUAUCGUGAAGAAAGCCAUCGAUUGGUCACUAAAUGAUGGAUUCAAUGAACCAUUUGAUGAAAGAGUUGUCGAAAUUGGUUCUCGAAGACAACAAAUGUAUUUCCUACACUUAUAUUAGCGUUAAAUUCAGACUUCAUGUGAAACAAGCGAUUGAGCUUUUGGACCAAUUCGUGAGCGAAGAGCGCAAGAAUGGCAACCAUUUGUGUCUUAAUUACUUGUUGUCCGGAAAUAAUGACACGAAGACUGACGACAACGAGACUAAGAUGGAGAGAUUCAUGAUUCUGGAGGAAUCAGAGGUCGAAUCGGCCACCGAGUGGUUCCACAAUGGAGUCAAUAAACAUAUAUAUAGUGUUAGUUUGACUGAAGACAACAAUUCAAUUGAUCUUAAUAUCAAUGAAUACGAGGGCGAUGUGAAGGACCAGAACUAUAUCAAUGAUCUCCAGAACUUAACGUAUAUCAAGAAUCCAAACAUUAAUCUUCGGACGACUCGUCGGAGAACUGGAAUCAAACCAACGGUUGAUAUUAAAGAAGAGAAGAAAGACGAGGAGAAGAAGAGUUCAUUGAAUGGCAAACAAGUGGUGGAAAACAAGUCUAAACCCAAAAACAAUACUAAAGGAAAGGGAAAACAGAAGAAUAAGAUCUCAAAUAUGUUCUCAAAGAAUAAAACGGUUGAAAAAGAAGAGAAAGAAUCGACUGAAGCGACGAACGAAAGCGACGAUCCAUUUAAGAGUGACAGCGAAGAAGAGACCAAACCUGAGGUCAAAGACGAAGACAUGAAUGGCAACGACAGCGCCGAAGAAGUUGUGAUAGAAAAUGAGCCCAAAGUGAAUACGAAGAAAAGGCAUUCAAAGAAUGAGUCGAACGAUAGCUCCGACGAAGAGAUCGUUAGAACUAAAAAGAGGGACAAAAAGUAUAAAAGAGUUCGUCUCAUAUCAGACAGCGAUUCCGAUGAACCAAAAGAGUCAGCCAUUGAUAAGUAUGUGAAGACUCGAGAGGUUAACCAAAAGCCUGUGAAGAAAAUGGAGAAGAAACAGGAGACACACGUCGACGAAGACGGAUAUCUUGUCACCAAAACUGUCACAAAAGAAGUUGAAGUCAACACCGAAUCCGAUGCGAAACCUGUUGUGAACAAAGAAAAGCCUAAACCUAUAAAAGAGGACAAAAUUGUUGAAAAGAAGUCGAAACCGAAACCAAUAAAUGAUAAGAAGAAUAAAAAUCAGUCCUCUAUUACCAGUUUUUUCAAACCGAAACAGUUAUCGACUUAACUCUACUCUUAACAUUACUCUUACCAUUAUUCUUAACU